UCCGGCUUUUAGCGUGCUGCUCGCCCGUAUUCUUUUUUUUUGCUUUUUCUUCGCCUGUGUAAAUGGAUUUCCAGACCAAAUACUCCAAAAGACACUUGAAUGGAACCAUCUACAUAGCCACACGACGCGUGCUGGAGGAGAAGCAACGAUCGGAGCUGGAAAGUGGUGCGGGUGAGCUGUAUUUGUGGUUCAAGGCACCGUUUGCCGCAUAUGACAUCGAGCAGAUUGCGCAGGUGGCCAGCGAACUGGGCGAGAUCUAUGUGAUACGCUUCAAGGUGGAUUUUCGCAGCGAGAGUCGCGGCUAUGCGUUCCUGCAGUACAUCGACGCGUCGCUGCAGGCGAAGGCCCUGGAAGUCUUAAAGCAACGCUUUAGGGACCUCAACUUGGACAUCAACAUAUUGCCAUCGCGCAAUUGCCGGGAACUGGUCAUGAUAACGGCGGCGGGCACGGGCCCCACACCCCUGAAGGUCUACCAGCAAAUGCUCAAGAUUUGCAGCUUCAAUAGUGUGCGUGUGUACGAGUACCGUCCGCACACAUACAUGCACGUCUUCUCCUACGUAAACAACGAGGCGGCCACGCUGGCAUUUCGCGACAUUCGUGCCAACAUUUUGCGCUUUGGCCACGCCGCUCAUGUCUCCUGGCUGCGCACAAAUCAGACGCUGGACAACGAUGACUUUGUCACUGACUGCUGCCAGCAGUUGGACAGCGAGAUGAAGCCGGAAUCGAAUGCCGAAUCGUGCAAUUGUUUCACCUUUUCGCGGCCACAAGUUGUCGUCAUCGUCUUCAGCGAGGAGUGCCAGCAGUUUCAGGGCAAUGCGACAACCUGCGGCAUAAUGCAAUUAAAUGAGUGCAAGCCAGAGCAGGAGGAGGAGCAGCAGUUGUGA